UUGUUGACAUGUAUUGUCUACAUAUUUCUUCUGGUCUAUUUGCACUAGUCAGCAGCUUUGCUGCACUGACUCUGGCUCAGCCCGUGGGUACGCAGCAUCCUCUCACCUAUACUAAUAAUGGUUAUAUAGGUAACACCUGGAUCGAAAGUUUUUGGACCACUAAUGACAAUGUCUACUGGCGCUGCACCCGACCUGGUCUGAUCGCCAUCACCUACGACGAUGGACCAGCUAUAGAGCUUUCUUCUUCUGACCGCACAUACAAGGCCCUCGAUCUCCACUCCCGCUUGGGCGUACCCGCCACCUUCUUCGUCCUGGGCAAGUACACCGAUGUGGACGACCCCGCGUUGCAACAGAAAAUUCACGACGUGCUUCGACGCAUGGUGGAUGAGGGACAUCAAAUCGCACACCACUCUGUAACGCAUAAGCGUAUCACGGAGAACCCCAAUUUUAUUGCUGAACUCGAGGAGCAGAAUGCUUGGUUUGCUGCCAACUUUGUGUACGGAGAUAUUCUUCGUAGCUCGAACGGUGUCAGAUAUGUGCGACCACCCUACCUCGAUAUGGACGAUUUGAGCGCCAAUGCGCUUGGGGCCGCCGGCUAUAAGGUCGUGCAACGCUCGGCAUCUAGCAAAGAUACAACAGUGGGAAACACCGCGGACAUAGGAAGUUCUCAUAUUUGGUGUGAUACCGAGUCAGGCUACAGCUGCCCCACAGAAUACCCUGCGCCGCUGAAUGCAGAAAUCUCUGUGUCCCAGAAUUCUUGGAUAGGUCUCUUUCAUGACAGGGGGGCAGCGUUUGACUCUUCCAUCACCGCCGAGUUCAUGAUCACGCGUGCGCGUCAGAUGGGCUACCGCUUUGUGACUGUCGCUGAAUGCCUCGGGGAUAGUCCUCUAUGCUCGUGUCCGGAGAAUGCUUUCUGUGAUGAGAAUCGCGAUUGCUUUUGCAACGAAGGCUACACCAUGAUUUCAAAUCAGUGCGUUGAAAAUGCGGACGAAUGUCUGCCUGAGCUUUCUUGCUCACCCGGAAGUAUUCGACUGGGGAACAAGUGCGUGUGCGAGGACGGCUUUCAAAUGAACGCCGAUCUGACCUGUGAUGACAUUGACGAAUGCCUGACUGACGGCAUCUGCUCAAUGACACCGGGUUCGGAGUGUAUCAACACCCCCGGUUUUUUUACCUGCGCGUGCCCAGAGAACACAGCCUUGUUGAACGGGCACUGUAUCAUGACGGGGUGUUCCGGGUGCCCACCGAAUGCAGGCAACAUCAAUGGCGAGUGCAUGUGCGCUGAUGGCUAUGUGAAAGACGGUGGGGGAGCAUGUGUGGACAUUGAUGAGUGUGCGCUUGAUGCAUGCGCCGCUCUGACGAACACCGAAUGUGUAAAUACAGACGGUUCCUUUGUCUGCCAAUGCCAACCCUUCUGGCUGGGACCAGCUUGCAUAGAGUACGACUAUUGUGGAAUGGAUCCGAAUGCGUGCACCGGAGCAGGGUACAGUGGCGAAUGCAGCAACAGUGGAUCCGGACCUGUGUGCACCUGCCUGCCAGAAUGGACUGGAGAUAGCUGUGAGAUUUCCAAAGGCGAUUGUUACGCUACUGUCCAGUAUCCUGUUGGGGCUCUGAAUCCGGACUCCGGCCAAGAAAUCGCUUUUGCGAGCCUAGGUGUAGGUGCGUGUCUUAUGGGGUUAGUGGUUGACGUGGGCACCUACCGGAUGAACGGCCAAGAGUUUAUUGACGCGCCUUUUGAGAUCUAUAUUGAUAAUAACGAUGACGAAACGGACGGCUACACCGGUUCCGCCGUGACUGGUGCGCGCUGGCGUGUCAAGUACCACAAGGUAUGCGAAUACCCGACCGCCUCUUCUACUUACACAGGUUGCAGCACCAUUGCCAAUGCCGACGUGAAUGUAGUCGACAAUGGUCCUGCUGGCGUUUCGCUAGUCAUUCCGUGGGAGAGCUUUGGAUUUGCCAAUGCUCCAGUGGGCCAGACAUGGAGGAUAGGAGCCCGAAGCAGCAACCUCUUAAGCGAUACCCGUGCAUAUCUUCCCGACACCCGUUAUACCGAUGCCGUUCCCAUAGCGUACACCAUCGCCCUACCCGGGACGCGCAGAGACACUGGAGAAAUUAUGGCUCGAGCUAAGGGUGGUAAGAAGUGCAAGGAAGGGACUUGUUCUGGACGAGGAACGUGCACCCAGGGUGAAAGAGGUGCCGUUUGCUGGUGCGAGGAUGGAUUCGAUGGCGAGGGCUGCGAAGUGUACGAUGUCUGCUCGUUAGGGGAUAAUCCUAAUUCGGCCUGUGAGAGAGUCAGUGGUGUGAGCACUGAGUGCAUAUCGAGUAAUUCUGGCUUCACAUGCGCGGGUCUGCCGAAUGAGUUUCGGAUGGACCCCAACCUUGAUCUCGCGCUCGCGUCAGACACUGUGCUCAAAGGUGACGCAGAUCUGGACACACGCACCCAGGCGACGCUGUGGACGGCACUAAACUGUCAACAGUUAGUGGAGCACGUGGUACAGUCGAUCCUGAGACAGGCACUUGUUGUGGAGCUGCGCAGCUAUUUGUUUACAGAGAUUCAGAUCGCCAAUGCUAGAUGUGCGAGCGAUACGAUAGCGUUUGAGAAAGAGCUGGGCAAACGGUUGAAGGAAGCGGCUAAAGUGGAUGAUCAGGCGGACUUGUGGAUGCAGGCGAUCGACUGCGAUACCAAGGGCAAAUGUAGCGGGGUGAAGGAGAAAGAAAACCAGAAGAAAAACCAUUAACCUUCUUCACCUUCAGAAAAAUAAAUAUACCUGGUAUAUAAUACCUAAUAAAACAAAUCUAGUUGCACUUCUC